AUGCUGCUGCUGCUGCUCAAGGAGAAGCAGCAGCAGCAGCAGCAGCAGCAGCAGCAGCAACAGCAGCAGCACCACCACCACCUAUUAUGGGACCGACAGCAGCAGCAACUACAGCGACGCAGCAGCAGCAGCAGCAGCACGGUGCUGCUGCAGCAGCAACUUGGGGGGCUGCUGCAGCAACAGAUCGUGGUGCUGCAGCAGCUUAUGCUGAGACAAUGCGCAGACAGGGGGCAGGGAAGAUGUCUGUAUAUGAUGCGCGCGGGCGUCGUAUGGGAGGUGUGCCUGUAG